GUUCAAAUUUAUUGGCAGACUGCGUCAUCAUCCUCACACUUCUUCUUUGCUUUCGCCACUACUGAUUCCGUCGCUGAGCCUAAUCCGCCAGCCAGCUAUACAAGACCAUUUGUACUCGGGCAUGUCCAAUAGCAACGACCAGCCAGAAGAAAGUUCACCUACGCAAUUCAACGGUCAAAGGGAUUCUGGGCCUGUUUCCUUGGAAUUCACCGAUUCUGAAUUAUUUCGGAAUGACACCGUCUUUGUGCUCAGUUCUGCUUCCGUCGUCAAGCCAGUAGGAACAGCUCCUGGAGAGAUGUGUCCUGUGGCCGACAUUAAAAACAAUGCCUACUUUGCAUUGAAUGACAAUCAUCCCCAUUGGCGACGUAUGCUAUCCAAUAGUUAUAUGCGCACCAUGUUUACCAACUCUGCCAAACCUUCUCAAAAGCAAACACGUGUUCUUAGGCUGUUUGACCUUGACCAUCGUGGUUGGGCGUCAGUAGAGCAUUGCUUACAAUAUUCGAGAUUGGAGCCAAUAGACCCUGAAUACGCUUCGCGAUUUUCUAUGGGAGAUACCAAGAGUCAUGCGCUCAGUCGUGCUGAAGCGUCUGUAGCUAAAAAAGCCGGUCUCAAAGCUAUACUGAGCGAUGAGCAGGUACGAGAUUGGGAAGACCGACGGCCUCAAUGUACACUACGAUGUCAAUGGGCGAAGUAUUCGCAAAAUGAAGAUCUAGCUCAAGUUUUGUUGGCAACUGGCGAUGCAAAACUCGUCACAAUAGAAGGAAAAUCAAGGGUUGAACGAGUGGAAAGAGAGCUUAUGAUUGUACGAAAGAUGUUGCGUGAAGGAAGGGAUGGCAGGGCUAUUCUAGGAUCCACUACAGAAGAAGAGGUCACAUUCGACAGUAUUUUACAUAACAUUGACGAUGAUGAAGAAGACCAGAGCUUUUCCGUUUCGUACAUGAUACCGAAAUACUCCAAACCAAAAACUUCAACAAAUGGCAUGUCUGUCAGUCUGCCACCAACCCCAGUCUCCUCAGCGCCAGUCCCUUCAUCUGGUGUCAAAAAAGACACCGAAGGUGCCGCCCAACCUGAUGAAUCGCGAUCACAACCAUUGAAGCCUAUGAAUGUUACAGAUGCUAUGGCAUAUAUACAAAGUAUUCGAGAGCAUCGUGAUCCUUCAGUCUACGACGAAUUCUUGAAAAUCAUGACGGAAUUUAAAAGUCAAAGAAUAAAUACACCGCAAGUUUUGGAGAGAGUCGCUACACUAUUUAAAGGUCAACCUUCCAUGAUUCGUCAGUUCAUGCAGUUUCUUCCACCUGGUCAUGUUCUGCAAAGUGCUGACGUGGAAAAAUCCGACGCCCAGCCUAUCUAUGUUCUGACGCCAGCAGGAUCAAGGAUUGUAAUAGAUCCAUCUACAGGAAGAAUACAAACGUGAAGCAAGAUUCUUGAAGAAUGCUAACUUUUUUUAUUCUUUUCUUCAUUCAACCAUGAUAUCCUACCGCAUUAAUACGUUUGCUUUCAUACUGGAAAGUUUCUUUUGGCAUAUUCCCUUCUUGAUUUGCUUAUCUUGACUAUAAGCGCUCACUCUACCCUUCAU